AUGUAUCUAAAUCGGGUUGAGACACGGGUGCGGCCGCUACUGUCGGCCCUCGUGUUGCUGCCACUGCUCCCGUUCGUCAUCGGUGGCCACACGCAGGCCAAAACGCAAUCGCCCAAAAGCUCCUGCGAUAAAACGCGGCGCGUCUUUACGCAGUCCUACGGUGAGAUCAGCGAUGGCCCAUCCGGUUCCAACUACACGCAGGACUCACACUGCGAGUGGCUGAUCAGGGCGCAGAACGACAGCCAGUACGUGACGCUGCAGUUCCGGAGCAUGGGCACGGAGUGUUCGUACGACUACAUCUUCAUCUACGACGGAGACUCGUUCCGGUCACCGCUGCUGGGUAGCUUCAGUGGGAACACUGCCCCCCAGCAGGUCGUCGCCAGCUCCGGUAGCAUGCUGAUUCUGCUGUACAGUGACACCAACUACGUGCUGGAAGGAUUUCGGGCAGAGUUUUCCGUCACCAACUGUCGCAAUAAUUGCACCGAGCACGGCCAGUGCGUUGAUCAUGUGUGCCAGUGCGACAGUGGUUGGGUGGGAAGCGACUGCGGCAUCGAGGCCUGCCCGAACGCGUGCGGAAGCGUUACGGGUGGUGUCUGCAUCAAGGAUCGGUGUCGCUGUGCGAAGAACUACGCGGGCCAAUCGUGUAGCCUUCGGUUGGACGAUCCCGCUCCGAAGCGCUGGCACUGGCUGUCGGGGACACGGAAUGGCCUCCCUCCGCGGGCGGCCCACUCGGCCGUCUACCACGAGCGCUCCGAUGCGCUGUACGUGUUCGGAGGCUACAACCUCAACGAGGUGCUGGACGGGUUGUGUGUGUUUCGGUUCGAAACGAACCAGUGGGAGGACGAGUGGGGUGUUCGGUUGGACCUCGGCGAUACCGGUUCGCUCGGUGCCGACGACGAGGAGCGGCUACGGCGGGCGCUGAUACUGGAGGAAGAAUCGGAGCGGCUCGGGCUGGUCGGGAAGGAGCCCAACUUCCUGACCAGCGUCCUGUACACGUUGGCCGACAAUCGGAGCGGUCUGUUUAGCGAAGCGUUCGUGAACGGAUCGCGACCGGCGGGCCGGUACGGCCAUGCGGCCGCGUCCGUCCCCGAUGGGUUCGUCCUUUUCGGUGGCAAGCUCGCGAGCGGCAUGCUGGCGAACGAUCUCUGGCUGUACAAUGUGUCCCACGCGGGGGGCACGUGGUCGGAGCGGGCACUGCAGUCAUCGGUUCGGCCUCCGGCCCUUACCCGGCACACCCUGACGCUGGCCGGUGACUUCCUGUACGUGUUCGGUGGAGCGAUGGAGGAUGGCGACUUUUCAUCGAAGCUCUACCGGAUCCGGGUCUCCGGUGCCGACGGCAUCCGCGAUCAGUGGGAAGAGGUGAUUCCGCGAGGUGGGAAAUCGCUGGACGUGCGCAUGGUGGCCCACACGACGGUCUACCAGCGGUCCACCAACUCGCUCAUCGUGUACGGCGGCAUGCUGGCGAAUGUGGCCCGCUUUUCGCGGCUUUCCGAUCGCAUGUUUGCGUUUCAGCUGGACCACAGACACUGGGCGGAGCUGCUGUACCCGCGGACGGCCCUGCACGAUGGGUACGCGCCGCGGGAACGGGCCUUCCACACGACCACCGUCGUCGGCAACUAUCUGCUCGUGUUUGGCGGAUACUCGCACAAGCACAACAAGGAGGAGAUCUGCUACGACAACCAGAUGUACCUGUACCAUCUCGGGUGCCACAGCUGGAUCAACCCGGAGGUGCUGGGCGCCAGCGGUCAGCGCUUUCGGUACCCGAAAAGGCAGGGCGUAUUCGCGCACGGCGCUGCCGUUCGCCACGGCCACACGCUCCUAGUGGUCGGCGGUUACCAUGGCAACGUGAACGGGGAUCUGCUCGCCUUCACCCUCCCCGGCAUGCUGGUCAUCCCGGUGGACGGUAGCGAGCGGUUCGCGCCGGAGGCGGCCUGCCCGCGCCACACGUCCUUCAACGAGUGUUUGGCCGACCUCGAGUGUGGCUGGUGCUCGGCCGACAGUGUGUGCUACGGCCGGACGAUCGGGGCCAACUGUACCACGAACCUGCAGACGACGCGCUGCAAGGGAAUCUGCUCGGUGCUGGGCGACUGCCACUCGUGCCUCGUGCACGGCACCUCGACCGGCCCUCGGCAGCACUCGAUCGCACACAAGCUCGGGCUGGAUCGGUGCACGUGGUGCGUGCAGAAUGCCCGGUGCCACCACAAGGACGACAACUACGGGGUGUGCGGGGAGGACACCCCCUCCCAGAAGCCGGGCUGGUGGGGCGCCAAGGGCACCGAGGUGGUGCAGCCGAGCGAGUGUACGGCGCAGGAUCGACGACCCGGGCUGACGUUCCUGAAGUACCUGCACCCGAUGAACCUGUCCAUGCCGGACUCGGUGAUGAUCGUGAACGCGACGAUGGCGGACUUUAUCUCCCCGCCAUCCAACACCCCCACCGAGCAGGUGCUCGGUGGCCAGGUCGUAGCCCGGCUGCUCGGCUUCAUCCGAUUCCCGGCUGCGCUCACCGAGCGCUCGGCUGCGAUGCUGCAAGCAUGCGCCAGCCACGCCAACGUCACGCUCCGAACGGUGCAAAUUCCGUCCCUGGCGGAUGGCACCACCGCCCCGCCCCGAGGGCACGAGGCACCAACCAUGAGCACCAACUUCUCCACCAACGAUACCACCUGCCAGUCGAUCAAGUGGACCGAUCAGGCCAACAUUCUCGUCGACUUCCGGGCCCAGCGGAACCGGGCCGGAUAUUACGUUUCACCGCACCACCCGCACUACUCCGAGCUGUCGCAGAUGAGCCUGGGGCACGCGGUGCUCGGUGGUGGUGGUGGUGCGCCGCAAGCGUUCACCUUCGAGUUCCUGGAACCGUACUCGAACGGUGGGUCAUCUUGCGCGGCCUACGGGAACUGCCUCGAGUGUCUCGCCGAUUCGUCCUGCGGCUGGUGCGAGCUAACCGAUCGGUGUCUGUCACGGGCGGCCAACGAGCGGGCCACGUGCCGGCGGGAGGCCGGCGAUUGGCGCUAUCUCACCAUCCAACCGGCGCACUGCUCGAACUGCUCGAAUUUCAUCUCCUGCGAGCAGUGCACCGACUCGCGCCACUGCGAAUGGUGGACCGACGAUGCGACCUGCUCGCGCAGGGGCCGCUCCUCCACGGCGGUCCGCACCAGUGGCCAGUGCCCCACGCCGUGCUACCUGCGCCCCGACUGUGGCACCUGUCUGAACGAUCGCGGCCGGUGCGUGUGGUGCGAGGCGACGGCCCAGUGUUUCAGCUUCUCCGUCUACACCAGCGAGUACCAGUUCGGGAUGUGCCGCGAGUGGCUCGAUCAAACAGCGCUGCCCCCCCUGGGGCCACCGCCGCUGCUCGAAUCGUCGUCCGUGGCAACGCCGCAAGGGGUAGGCCCCGGGCAGCAGCAGUGCAAAUCGUGCGAAAGCCUUCCGACCUGCGCCCACUGUUUGCGGUCGCUCGGCUGCGGCUGGUGCUACGACGAGGCCAACCCGAUCAACGGGGUGUGCAUGCGCGGGGACUUUGGGCAGCCGGGCCGCGACUGUCCGGAGGCGCUGCAGGCGGCCACGAACACGACGGGGCGCGAGGCGGCCUGGGCUUACGCGCAGUGCCCGGAUGUGGACGAGUGUGAGCUUGGGCUGCACGACUGCCACGAGCAGGCGGCCUGCAGCAACACGCACGGCUCGUUCAACUGCCAGUGCCGCAAGGGGUUCUUCGGUGACGGCGUGCGGUACUGCCGCCAGACGUGCUACGAAACGUGCAUCCACGGCCACUGCUCGGGGGCGCCCGAUUUCCGGUGCGUCUGCGAUCUCGGCUGGACCGGCGUGGACUGCAGCGUGAACUGCGAGUGCAACAACCACUCGACGUGCACGCAGGGCGUCGGCAAAUGCGACCGCUGCAUGAACUGGACGGAGGGCGAAGCGUGCCAGCGGUGCAGUGCCGGAAGCUUCGGAAACGCCACGACCGCGGCCGGCUGCCGGCGCUGUGACUGCAACGGUCACGGAAACGUGGCGCUCGGCGUGUGCGAUGCGCAGACCGGGGAAUGCUACUGCCAGGACUACACCGAGGGGCUGCGGUGUGAGAUGUGCAAUCGGAACUUUUACGGCGAACCGAAGGAUGGGGGCCAGUGCUACCACGAGUGCGCUUCGCGCGGUGUGCUGACGCAGGUCGGCACGCAGGGCCUCGGUUCGUAUCAGUCGAGCCGGAGCGUGAGCGGCCAGGAGACGCGCGAGUGCCUGUGGAUCGUGAGUCCGGCGGCGCGGCACGGGGCCGAGCUGCGGAGCGCCAUCAUCCAGAUCGAGAUCGAGGCCGACCGGAUGAACGUGACGUGCGGCGAGAACGCGGUCUACGUGUACGACGGCCUGCCCGAUUUGACCGGGGUGGCGCAGCAGAAGCAGCUGAUCGCGGUGUUCUGCAGCGAGCAGCGCGGCUCCUGGAUCACGGAGGCACGCUCGGGGCAUCUGACCGUGCACUACAAACACGGCCGGCGUGGCCAAGGCUUCAACGCGAUCUACUCCGUGCUGAGCUGCUCGACCGCCAGCUGCCACCGGCCGCACGUCUGCGGCGACGACAACCGGUGCGGGUGCCCGAAGGGCUUCACGGGGCCCCGCUGCACGAUGCGGAUCUGCCCGUCGGACUGCAACGAGGAGAGCCGCCGGGGUGUGUGCGAUCACGCCUACGGUCGGUGUAUCUGCGCGGCCGGUUUCGGGGGCGACGAUUGCUCGCUGCCGGUCAAACCGGGGGCGGUGGUAUUUACGGAGCUCUUCAACUCGCACCUGGUGUCGGAGGCUUUCGAGCAUCUGCGCAAAACGUUACCGCGCUUCGGCCACUCGCUGGUGGCCGAUCGGCGCGGCUCCCUGUGGAUGUUUGGCGGGUACUCACUGUCGCACGGGCCACUCAACGACAUCCGGCAGUUCGACACGAAGAACAACACCUGGAUGCAGGUGACGGUCGACUCGAGCCCCGAGGACCGGAUGCCGCAGGGCCGGUACUACCAUGCGGCCGAGAUCGUCAGUUCGCGCCAGUCGAUCUUCAUCUACGGUGGGUUGUCGCGCAACGGAACCCUCGCCGAUCUGUGGCAGUUCGGGCUGCAGACCCAGCGGUGGAGUUUGGUGGGGCAGAACGGGACCCGACCGCCGGCCCUCGCCGGCCACACGCUCACCCUAGUGCGGGACGGUGAAGGCGGUGGCGAGCAGCUGCUACUGAUCGGUGGUUUCUCGAUCGACCGGGGGCUGCAGAACCGGGUGUGGAUGUACGGGCUCACCGCCGGAAGCUGGUCGGUGGUGACGACGUUCGCAUCCGGCCGCACUCCCGGCGGCCUGUACGGCCACACGACGGUCUAUCACGCGCCGAGUCAGGCGGUUUACGUUUACGGUGGUAUCCGCACCGUCGAUGGCGUUUCGUCCGUUUCGAAUCGGCUGUUUGCUUUCAGUGUUCCGGAUCGAAGCUGGACCGAGUUGCCACCGUUCGUGUACCACGGUGGGGAGUAUGUUCCGGCACCGCGUUACCUCCACUCGGCGGUCGCCACCGAGAACUAUAUGCUGCUGUUCGGGGGGCGCUCGAAUGGCUCGAGCGAACAGGACGAGGUGCUGGUGGCGUACGUCUACCGCUGCAAUCAGUGGAUCCGGCUGUCGAAGGACGCCCAGAAGGUGGGCACCGUGUACGGGGUCACGUACGCCCAGGCGAUGGCGCAGGACGUGGAGAGCGGGGCGAUCUACGUGGUGGCCGGCUGGGACGGUAGCAACCAUUGCCGCGUGACGCGCAUCAAUCUGCCGGAGGACGUGUGUGAGCUGUGGAGCGGUUCCAAGUACUUCUGCCGCCAGUACGCCGGCUGCAGCUUCUGCUCGGUCAAGUCGGCCGCCCCGGAGGACUGCCUCUCGCACUGCUACUCCGUCGGGCAGGGGGCUCCCCUGUGCGAGGGCUACAACGGGACGAUCUCGUUCAACAGCGGGACGGCGUGCGAUGGCGAGUGGAUCGGUCGGCGGACCUGCGGAGCGUUCCAGUCCUGCUCGGCCUGUCUGGCCAGCUAUCCGUGGCACGGCGAGAAGGAGUCACCGUGCAAGUGGUGCGCCGAUUGCGCCCCGAAGCCUGGGGCCUGCAUUCCGCGGGCGGCCGACUGCAGCGCCCAGAAGCUGUGUUCGUCGGCGGACGAUCGCAACCGGAGCGCAAGCGGGGCGAUCGCGGAAUCGCUGGACCAGUGCCGACCCGGGGGCCGCUGUGUGGCGGGCGAUUGCGACAGCUGCCGCUCGUUGCCGGGCUGCAGCUGGGAGCACGACGGGCACCAGUUUCGAUGUCGGCCCGUGGACACGGACGCGGAGGAAGAGGAGGAGCCCGAGGGCCCCAACCUGCGGGCCGUCAACGGGACGGCGUGCCCGGUGCGGUGCAGUGCGGUGCGGAACUGUAGCUCCUGCGUGCGCCACGUACACCCGACCGUCGGGGGGACGUACCGCGAGGAGGCGUGCCUGUGGUCGACGCAGCUGAACGAGUGCAUCUCGCCCACCUUCCAGCCCCUGUACUGUUCCGGCGGGAUCUGCGGGCUGGUGGUGCAACCGAAUGACCCGCAAGCCUGCCCGGAACCGUGCUCGAGUUUCACGCAGUGCUCCAGCUGCCUGCGCCACGCGUACUGCGGGUGGUGCUCGCGGAACGACACCGAGGGCGAGGGCGUAUGCACCGAGGGGUCCGUCGAGGGGCCCGCCAACCACCCGGCAGGGUCGACCUGCGGGGCGAUCUACCAGACGCGCAGCAAAGCGCCCGCGAACGCGACGGAGCGGUUCGGGUGGAACUACUACAAGUGUCCACCGGAGAACGAGUGCGCCAACGGGCACCACAGCUGCGAUCCGGAGUCGGAACGGUGCGUCGACUACGUGCACGGGUACGAGUGCAAGUGCGCGCCGGGGUACGCGAACUCGGGAGCGACCGCUGCUGGCCCGGACUGCGUUCCGGUGUGCAGUCAGGGGUGUGUGCGGGGGGCGUGCGUGAAGCCGAACGUGUGCCAGUGCGAGUUCGGGUACGUCGGGGCCAACUGCAGCAUCCAGUGCCAGUGCAACGGGCACGCGAACUGUGUCGGGCCGGAUCAGCUGGAUCGGUGUCUGCGGUGCCACAACAACACGAUGGGGCCGCAGUGCGACAAGUGUCUCCCGCUGUACGUGGGCGAUCCGCGGAACGGGGGCGAGUGUGUGCCGUGCCUGGAGUACUGCCACGGCCAGACGGAGCUGUGCAUGGCGCGCGAACAGGACCCGGCAGGCAACGGGUCGCGCCGCUCGCCGACGGAGGGCCCUCUCUCGGACGCGGUCUGUCUCGCGUGCGGCAACCACACCGACGGGGAUCGGUGCGAAACGUGCGUUCCCGGCUACUUCCGGCGGUCGGCCACGGUGGCGGGGAAACCGUGUUGGCCGUGCGAGUGCAACGGGCACGGCGACAUGUGCGAUCCGGUCACGGGCGAGAAGUGCAACUGUGGGAACAACACCGAGAGCGACAACACGUGCUCGUCGAAGGGGAAGAACCACGCGUACAACUGCUGGUCGCUGCAGUGCACCAAGUGCAAGGAAUCGUACUCCGGCCACCCGUACAACGGUCACCAGUGCUACAAGCACAUCACCGUCGAGUCACGGAUGUGUUUCGACGCCAAAACGAUCGUAUGA